CAGUUGAUUGGGUCAAUGGGCCUAACUAUCCACUAUGGUUUCCACAGGAAUAAAAGAGAAAGAAGUGGAUUCUGACUCAGAUCACCACUACCUUAUCGACUUAUGACGUCAUACCGGCGACUGAGUGGCGCACAUACCAACUCCCGCGCCGCCGACCGGCGAUUGGUGUCCGUCAGUGUAGUGCAGUCGUUCGUCUGUCCAACAAAAGUGAGUAAAAAGGGAAAUUAGGAAAUAAAUAAAAGCCACUCAGUCUCGAUUGGGCAGAGAGAAGCCUCCUCCACCCGCUACAUACUGCCAAAAAUCCGCCAUCACAGCGAAGCUAAAUCUCAAUCUCAAUCUUCCCCCCCUUCUCCUUCUCCUCCGUCUCCGUUCACCCACUCUCUAUCUUACGGCGGGUAAGAAUCUUACCCACAUCUCUCCGCCGCCGCGCUUUGCUCCACCGUAAGCGCUCCCACUCCCUGUAUUCCGCUCGGCAUUCCGCCAUUAAAGACACAGAUCCCCUAUUCCCGCGCUUUCCUUUUUCUGUAUUACACCCUUUUCAUCUUCUGCGUUAUUGCUGUUUAUUCUUGCUUUCCUGUUGUUAUUGAUGUGUUGAAUGUUGAUUGAUUCAAUUUCAUAAGUUGGGUUUCGAUGAAAUUGUGAUUGAAUGAGUAUUUUGAGUGAUUCGAAUUGGUUUUUGACCAGCCACAAUGAGAGGGGGAGGUUUGUGGCAGUUGGGUCAAUCAAUCGCCCGCCGCCAACUCGCACGCCCUGAUCACAAGAAGUCACCGUCGGCAGCCGCCGCCGCCGCCCGCCGCUACUUCGCAUCGGAGGGCGACCUCAAGAAGACGGUCCUGUACGACUUCCACGUCGCCAAUGGCGGCAAGAUGGUACCUUUCGCCGGCUGGAGCAUGCCAAUCCAGUACAAGGACUCAAUCAUGGACUCCACCGUCAACUGCAGGGAGAACGGCAGCCUCUUCGACGUGUCCCACAUGUGUGGGCUCAGCCUCAAGGGGAAAGACGCCAUUGCUUUCCUCGAGAAGCUUGUGAUUGCUGAUGUGGCUAGCCUUGCCCCCGGGACGGGCAGCCUCACCGUGUUCACAAAUGAAAAGGGUGGAGCCAUUGAUGAUUCGGUUAUCACCAAGGUCACUGACGAUCACAUUUACUUGGUGGUCAAUGCUGGCUGUAGGGAUAAGGAUUUGGCUCACAUUGAGGAGCAUAUGAAGGCUUUCAAGGCUAAAGGUGGAGAUGUCGCUUGGCAUAUCCAUGAUGAGAGAUCCCUGCUUGCUCUCCAGGGCCCUCUUGCUGCUCCAACUCUUCAGCACUUGACAAAGGACGAUUUGAGCAAGUUUUACUUUGGCGAGUUCCGCAUUCUGGAAAUCAAUGGAGCUACCUGCUUCCUCACUCGAACAGGGUACACAGGCGAAGAUGGGUUCGAGAUCUCGGUCCCUUCAGAAAACGCACUAGACCUGGCCAAAGCCCUCCUGGAAAAAUCCGAGGGCAAGAUAAGACUAACAGGUCUCGGCGCUCGCGACAGCCUGCGCCUCGAAGCUGGCCUCUGCCUCUACGGCAACGACAUGGAGCAGCACAUAACGCCCGUCGAAGCAGGCCUGACUUGGGCCAUAGGGAAGCGCAGGAGGGCCGAGGGCGGCUUCCUGGGCGCCGAGGUGAUCCUGAAGCAGCUCGCCGACGGGCCCACGAUCAGGCGAGUCGGGUUCACUUCCUCAGGCCCUCCGCCGCGAUCUCACAGCGAGAUUCAGGACGCGAGCGGUGCCAACAUUGGAGAAGUGACCAGCGGAGGGUUCAGCCCUUGCCUGAAGAAGAACAUAUCCAUGGGGUACGUGAAAUCUGGGCUGCACAAGGCCGGCACCAAUGUGAAGUUGGUGGUAAGAGGGAAGGCUUAUGAUGGUGUUGUCACGAAGAUGCCGUUCGUGCCCACCAAGUACUACAAGCCGUCAUAAGUCAUAGCUUCUUCGUUUUAACUCGUUUCUUUUCUCGUCACGUUUGUUUUUAAUUUGCUACUCUUUCUGCUUUUUUUUCUUCUUACCAUUGUGAAUUACUGCAUUUGUUGCUGCACUUUUACUUUGUAACCAUCGGAAUUCUUGAUGGAACUCUUCUGCAUAAAAGUGAGAUGCUUCGACUGAGCAGAAAAAAGCGCGGGAAGCUUUCUUAUUACUGGUUCUGUUGUUAAGAAUCAACUGUACUUGGAAGUGUUAGCUUCUUGAUGAUUUGUUGGAAUGAAAAGUCAAUCUCUGACUACUUUUAACCUGCAAAAUGAGAACAAUCAACUCGGAGUAUUGUUUAGCCAAAGCCCAAUACUCCGAGUGUUGCACUUCGGCCUUGUUAUUGCCAAUGCACCUGGUCGAGAGAAGAAAGUAUGGUGGGCCUUAGGAAUGCUGGCUCAAUGGGCUUUUAUUGUUACUACAUGAAAUAUAUUCUGAUUUUGCUUAGAAACCAUGAAAUCAUUCUUAAUUUUUGUUCUUUUCAUGGUUAAACAGUUUUCAGAUUCUAGGAAGAAAACCAAAGAGUGAAAACUGUAUCAGUAUUCGAUCAGAAAAACCUUCUAUCGGUAGACGAUAUGAAAUGGUUGAACCAUGAUUUUAGCGUAAUAUAUCUUUGUAAAAAACUAAUUUUACAAUU